UGUGAAAUGGUUGACUUUUAAUGGUGUUUGACGAGAUUUUCACCUAUACAAAUUUGGCGCAGUGGAUCAAUUUUUUCGGAGACAGUAAUGCAACCAUAUCACAUCUUAUGACGUCAAUUUAUGACAAAUGCUCUUUGGAAGGACAAAGCCCUAUCGAUGACUUAAAGACAAAAUGGGUGACGGAAAAAAGAAAAAUAAGAUGGCCAUGGUCUAAGCCUUUCAAAAGUGUUGUUUUUGGGCCCGUUUGUUACAUCUGAGGUCAAACUGAGGCCGCUGAUGUCAUGCAUGCUUUGAUUUGCUUUGGCAAUACAAAUAUGUGUGUUCUGCUCAUCAGACAUACUUAUGCUGAAUUUAUACACAAUUUAAGUAAGGAGGGGCUUAGAUGGUAUGCAUUUAACCUUUUGCUAGGUCAUGGUUAAGGCUGCUUAUGGGACCAAAUGUCUGUUGUUUUUUUUUGCCUCAUGAUGCCGCGUCGCUGUGCAGCAGCGAUAAACGUUCCCUUCUUUCGGUUCACGUGCUUGCUCUUUCAGGAAUACAAACCACGCAUGACUAUUUGGUACGGCGUCAAGACAUCAGCAAGUUCACGUUUGUCGACGCGCGACGCGUGGGAAUGGCACUUCCAGCCAUUACCAUAUGUCCGCUGAGAAACCCAAUCAACUUGGUGAGGCUUAAAGAGUAUAACAUGAGCACUCAGCUGGCAACGUAUCUGCUAAUGAUGGCCGAUCAUUAUGACAGCGUAAAUCCCUUUCUGAUCACUAAUAUCACACUUCAAAGCCAGUUAGAAGAAGAGCUCCAGACCGCCCUGAUCAAACAAAAGACGACAGCGUUCGGUCUCCUUGAGGAUAUUUCACCGAAAUGCCGGGAGCUGGUGCUAGGCUGUUACAUGCAGGACAGGUAUCUGGACACCGAUGAGUGCUGCCGGGACGUGCUCUCCCACGUCGUCUACUACCAAGCGCGCUGUGUGUCCACCAUGUUCUCCAGCCUCCUAAGCGACUGGAACCAGACAAGGCCCGGCGAUAGCGGAGGUCUCUCCAUUCUCCUCAGGGAGAACCGAACAGAAUUAUACUCGUAUAUGGACGCCCGAUACGCGCUGGCGACGUCGACCAGCGGCAUGCGGGUGGUGAUAACGCCCUAUCACGGAGAGCUCCAGGACUCGAUGGGGACGAACAGCCACAUCCUGCCUUCCGGCCACUUGUCCAUGCUAGCUCUCAAAAUGACUGAGAUAGAGGUUACCGCGUGGUAUCGCGACAUUCUGCACCUGUACCAGCCAGCCUGCAUCGCCCUGCCGUCACAGAAGGACAUCUCCCGGAGCACGCGGCUGUCAACCCUCGCGAGCUGCGACCUAGAGUCGCUGCGCGAGCGCUACCGAGCGUCCUGCAACUGCACUCCACUGCUGAUGCACUCGCUGACAGACGACCAGCCGAGCUGGGACGACGUCUGCACGCCACUGCAGCUGCUGUCGUGCCGCAGCCUGUCGCAAGACGUCCACAAGACGAGCCGGCUCGUCCGAGGGCCUUCCUGCCGCUCGCUCUGCACGGAGCUCACGUAUGAAUCCGCCGCGGACUCCACACCGUUCAAGCGAGAAUUCCUCACCAAAGGCGGGGCUUUCCAACAGCACUACGCAGCAGGUCACAACUGGACCAUGUCGGCGGUCAACAUCUUCUUCAACAGGCUGAACUACAGAAGGAUAGAGCUGUCCAAGACGUCGCUGUGGGAUUGGCUGGGCGCGUUCGGAGGUCAGACGAGCCUCCUCAUCGGGGCGAGCGUCAUCACCAUGCUGGAGCUGACGGCGUUCAGCGGCUGGUUGCUGGGGCAGUUGUGCUGGCGGCUGGCUGCAGGCUUAGUCAGCUGCUGCCAGCUGGAUGGCACGACGGCCGCCGUGGCGCCGCAACCACAGACCCCCGCUGUCACCGUGUCGGUGGCCGUGCGUGAAAAAUGAGCUGAGACAUGACGAGGUCCAAAAGAUCUCGCUAAAAAUCGUUGUUGAAAGCACACAAAGGCCCUAAGACGGUGUUUUGUCAGUCGUAGUUAUUUAUGAUAAUGGUUACCACAUUAGGCUGGUUUUGCUGAUGCGUAUCAAAGCACGUGUGUUAGUACCGCUUGAUGCUUUCCCAAGCAUCCCGUUCAAGAAACAUCAGUCAACUCGGUGUUUCGUUGCAUA